UUACUGGUCUAUGAUCUGUGGUGCUUAUUAUAAUUGUUUGUCUUAUUUUUAGGGAUUUUUCUAACGUGCUGUUUACGUUGAGUGAGAUAAAAUGGGUAAAGAUGAAGUUUCAACAAAGAAACGCCGCAAAAUAAAUACGACAACGUCCAUCGAUGCUUCUAAGUUGGCACCGGCUGAUGUUUACAAGAGAGUUGUUGAGUUUGAAGAGUCGGAGGCUCAAAUACGCUCAGCUGAAAAAGAUGCAGCUUUGUUUAAAAAGAUAUGUCACGAUGUGCGUCAGAUAUUUUCUGAUGUUGCAGACUUAAAAGUCAAGGGUACUGAUGAGGCCAAUGAAAAAAUUAAUGCCAAACGAAUAGAAGCAUCCUUAUUGUUGGUUGCUUUAAAAAAACUAAACAGAUUAGAAAAAGUAAGGACGCGAGCUGGUAGAGAUGCACUACACAAAGAAAAGCAGAGGGUGGACUCAACACAUCUGCUAUUGCAAAACUUAUUGUAUGAAGCUGAUCAUCUAGACAAAGAAGUAACAAAAUGUCUACAGUUUAAAUCAAAAGAUGAGGAAAUAGAACUAGUACCUCUCAAGGACUUUUACAGAGAUGCUCCAAGUGAGAUAUCUCGUCCAGAGGUAACUAAAGCAGACGAGCAUCAACUGCAGCUAGCAAGGCUAGAAUGGGAAUUACGCCAGCGUAGAGAACUUGCUGGGGUUUGUAGUGAGCUUGUUUCUUCAAAGGAACGUGUAGCAGCCGCCAUUGCUGCUGCUCGGUCAAGAUUAGAUGCCUUGGCCCCACAUUUGCGAGAUGUACUAAAGGCAACCAAACCUCUACAAGAAUGUUUGGCUCUUAGACUAGAUGAGAAACGUGAUGAAGCACAAGCGGCAGCUCUUCUACCACCACCUCUAUUUUUGCUUUAUGCUAAUGCUGGUGCUUAUUCAGAUGCCCUUGGUGCCAAGAAUGUAACUGUUGCUAUAGCAGGAGAUGAAGAUGAGGCAAGAAGGCUGGAUCAGCUUACAAAUGAAGAGAGUGAAGUAGUUGUUUCUAAUGAUUCAGAUUCAGAUCAAGAUAAUAAUGAUGAAGAUCAUAGAGACAGCAAAAAGAAGAGGCAUCAUAGAACUGUCAAAGUAUCCAAGGAGGAGAGAGCAGAGGCCAAAAAGAAAGAGGUCCUGAAAACACAUCCACUUAAUGUUCAUGUAACUGUUAAGAACUCUGAUGAGACAUCAGUUGACUUGAUUUUUUCUUACAUGAUACAUCUAAAGAUUGUUGUAGUCAAAUUUAUUAUGAAUGUCUCCAAGCCUAUAAUAGGGGUGUCUGCUGCUGAUGUAUUGAAUGGCGAUUGUAUAUUGAAUGAGUUGUAUGUGGGUGACACUGGUACUGAUUCACCACACCCUGCUACAGCUUAUUUGCUGAGUACUGCAGGCAUAUCUGAACAUUUUUCACAUUUUAUAUCAGAAAUUGGAAGGCCAUUUAUAUGGGCUCAAAGAAUGUGUGGCUUAGAUUUUAUGGCUGUUGUUUCUGAUAAACAGAAAACCAAUAAGAAUAUUCAACCUUGUCAAAGCCUUAGUGUUGCCAGUGUGGAAAAUUUUAUUUUCACUUUGAAAAAGAGAUUGAAAGCUAGAGUGGAGUUGAUGAAAGAACUUCAAGAUUUGGAGUCUGGUAAAAUUUUACCCAGUAAAGGUAUGCCAUGCCCUGUAAAAUUAUCUGGGUCUUUGACCCAAUGGCAAUCAAUAACUUGGAAUGAAUAUAGUCAAGCCCCUUCAACUUUGUUCUUGAUAUCAGAAGGAUUAGUCACUGAUGUGUUUAUGUUGUAUCGUGCAAUUAUUACAAGGCAGUCUGCAAAGCUUGUUGCGUUGGUGGCUGUUUCUAGUGAUUACCCAAAAAAGGCACCAUUAUUUUCUUUGACAUUACAUUGGAAUGGAACUCACAAUUCAUUGACUAAUGAUGAUAUCAGAGACAUAGAAAGAGUAAUAAACACAGAUUGGCAUGCAAGUGACAAGGGCAGGUGUUCCCUUUCUUCACAAAUUAUGAAAUUACUGACAUGUCUGGAUAUCCUUUUAGAGACUAUGGGAUCCCCUGAGUUUCCACCUGAUAAAGUAAUGUUACAAUCUGUUCGUGGACGUAACAGGAUGAAACCAUACAAAUUUUUAAAACAAGGUGCAGGAGCUUUUGUACACUAUUAAAAUAUCAAAUAAUAAACUGGUUUCCAACAUUUUUUUUUAUUAGAAUAUUAGUCUGUCAUUCGAUUAAUAUAGGGAAUAUUAAGCUAAUGACUGACUCUAACCAGUUAAGUCUUAAGCAUAUGCUUAGCCACAAAUCUCUUAUAUGGUAGCAUAAUAGUGGUUCCUACCAUACUUCAAUAGGUGAAAUUUGUAAUAACUACCUCUUGGCUUUCAGUAAAAUAUAGGUGCAGGAGCUUUUCAAACCAUGUCAAAUAUUAAUAUUGUUUCUAAUAUUAUGACCUUUUUUUAAAUAAAUCGAAAAGAUAUUCAGAUAGAGAUUUUGAAAAUAAGUAUUUAUUAAAUCAAAACAAACUAGCUUUAUAUUACAACAGUCUUUAUUCUUAUUUCGGUAAAGCAAGUAAACUUUCUGAAAAAGAAGUACAUAAUGAUAAUCACGAUUUGGCAAUGACAAAAUGUAAUUUUUUGUGAG